AUGGGACUCUCCUGGAAGGAACGGGUCUUCAUGGCCUUGUUGGGAAUUGCAGCAGCCUCUGGCCUCACCAUGCUCAUCCUUAUCCUGGUGAAAGCAACCAAUGUUUUCCUGCCUGCAGACACCAAGUUUGGGAUCGUGUUUGAUGCCGGCUCCUCCCACACAUCCCUGUUUGUGUACCAGUGGCCAGCAAACAAGGAAAAGGACACGGGAGUGAUCAGCCAGGCCCUGACUUGCCAGAUAGAAGGACCUGGAAUCUCCUCCUAUACCUCUGACCCGACACAGGCUGGGGAAAGCCUGAAGAGCUGCCUGGAGGAGGCACUGGCAUUGAUUCCACAGACCCAGCAUCCAGAGACGCCCGCAUUCUUGGGGGCCACAGCAGGAAUGAGGCUGCUCAGCCAGAAGAACAGCUCUCAGGCCAGAGACAUCCUAGCUGCAGUAUCCCAGACACUAAGCAAGUCUCCUGUGGAUUUUUGGGGUGCCAAGAUCCUGGAUGGGCAGGAUGAAGGUGCCUUUGGUUGGAUCACCAUCAACUAUGUCCUGGGAAUGCUCCUGAAGUAUUCCUCUGGACAGUGGAUCCUACCUGAAGAGGGGAUGCUAGUUGGUGCUCUAGACCUUGGUGGGGCCUCCACGCAGCUCAGCUUCGUGCCUCAGGGCCCCAUCCUGGACCAGAGCACCCAGGUUACCUUCCGCCUGUAUGGUGCCAACUACAGUGUCUACACUCACAGCUACCUCUGCUUUGGGCGGGACCAGAUCCUGGGACGGCUCUUGGCUAAGCUGGCACAGGUCAGGCUGAGCAGCCAGGUAGCCCGGGUCAGACACCCGUGCUACCACAGUGGCUACCAGGCCACACUGCCACUGGCUUCCUUGUAUGACUCACCCUGCGUCCACACUACAGACUCCCUGAACCACACCCAGAACAUCACAGUUGAAGGGCUUGGCAACCCUGGGGACUGUAUGGCAGCUCUCCGGGGUCUCUUCAACUUCUCCAGCUGUAAGGGCGAAAAGGAUUGUGCUUUCAACGGAGUCUACCAGCCUCCUGUGCAUGGCCAGUUCUAUGCGUUUUCCAACUUUUACUACACCUUCCAUUUCCUGAACCUCACCUCCAGGCAGCCACUGAGCAUUGUCAAUGACACUGUCUGGAAGUUCUGUCAGAAGCCCUGGAAACUGGUGGAAUCCAGCUACCCUGGGCAGGAGCGCUGGCUGCGGGACUACUGUGCCUCAGGCCUGUACAUCCUUGUAUUGUUGCUGGAGGGCUACAAAUUCAGUGAGGAGACCUGGCCCAACAUCCAGUUCCAGAAGCAGGCAGGUGGCAUGGACAUUGGCUGGACACUGGGCUUCAUGCUGAACCUGACGGGCAUGAUUCCAGCUGAGGCACUGAGCCAGUGGCGGGCUCAGAGUUACAGCAUCUGGACGGCUGGAGUAGUAUUUGCAGUGCUGACCCUUGUGGCUAUUCUUGGGGCAGCUGCUGUCCAGCUCUUCUGGACCCAGGACUAG